GUCAUAUGAUACAUUUGAUUUUAACUUUUUAAGAAACUGCCAAACUCUUUCCAGAGUGGCUGUACCGUUUUAAAUUCUUAUCAUCAGUGUAUGAGGGGUCCUCUUUUCCCCACCCUCAGCAACACUUGUUACUAUCUGUCUUUUUCAGAUACAGCCAUUCUGGUAGACGCAAGAUGGUAUAGCACUGUGGUUCUCAUUUGAAUUUCCCUACUGACUAAUGAUGUUCAGUGUCCUUCCAUGUGCUUUGGUGCAAUGUCUAGACAAAUCUUUUGACCUUUUUAAAAUUGGGUUAUGUUCCCCUUAAUAAGAAGCUGUAAGAGUUCUUUGCAUAUUCUAAAUAGAAAUCCUUUAUCAGAAAUGUAACAUGCAAAUAUUUUCUCCCAGUCUCCUCUCUCUAUGUCCUGCUUAUUGGCCAACUGUCUGCUCUCUCUCUCUUACUGCAACUGUCAGUGAGGAAGGUACAGGAAGCCAUCUGAAGAGGACAACCAUACAACUUGAGAACAGAGAAACAUAAAACUAAAAAUGUGCUUAUCAGGUAAUUUCCUUGAAAUGUUUCCAUGAGAAACUGGAUUCAAGCUUUUUAGGCUCACUGAAAUCCAAAGAUCAUUAUUAUAAAGUCUAGAAAAUUAACUGCAUCAGUCAUUCUCCCCAGUAAACUUUAAUAAAUAAAAAGAAAGUAGAGUUUUACUUCUUUGCCUUACAUUAAAAAAUAUUGUGAUGCUGGCACCCAAAAAGGAGGGAUUCUAAGAACCUUAAUCAUUGCCUAUGCUGCAUUAACCGAAAAACACUUUCUGAGUUCUGCUGUGUACCACAUACUGGAGCUGUUUAAGGUGACGUAUGGAUAGACUGUCUAAACUCUCAAAAGAGUGGAUUCUGGGUGGAGAGAAUCAUUGAAAAAUUAAAAACCAUUUUUUCCAUCUGCUACCAAAUCAAGUACCUUAGCCACAUGUGAUAUUUGCAAACAGAAGAGAAGGAUACACACAGGAACAUAAAAGGAAAUAAUAACUGUCUCUCCACUUACUGCAAACUCUUACACAUACUCCUGCCUCCCACGUGCCCUUUCCCUGCUAUCUCAGCACGUAUGCAGGGACAAAAGUAACUGCUCACACCAGCCUCAAGUCUGCUCUGUGCUUGGACAGAAUGAGAUUACUUGGGGUCUCUUUAAGCAACAUCAGUGAUGGGACCUGAAAGUCUCACAUGGUUUUACUUCAUGAGAAAGAGUGUGAUUUCCCCUAACGGUAAACUGUCCUAUAAGCACAUUUGAUUUCAGCUGCACUUUCCACAACAGUUCCCAGGAAUUCUGCUUUCUAUGGUCAAUACGUGAUGGAACCCAGAGAACAGGGAACAGACCCAGCUGCAGGGGAAGGGGUGGGGGAAAUCAUGUUUGAUAAUAUCCAACAUUGCACACACAUAUGGUCUCAGCUAGCCUUUAUUAAGAUGUCGUGAAGAAUGCAAAGCUCAGAAAAGUUAAGGUAUGUAGCCAAAGUCACCCACAAGACAUAACUCCCAGCAGGGAAUUAUGAAAGAGGGCAACUCCGUGUGGCCCAGGUGUUCAUCUCCAAAGAGCACAUGCUUUCUGAAUCGUGGAGGCAACUGCUUUAACUGAAAAGACCAAAAUCUUGUAUUUUAAAAUUCCUUCCCAACUGAUUUUUUCCUCAUUUUUCAUUUUCUCCCCAGAAAUCAAACCAGGAAUAACCUAUGCUGAACCCACACCUCAAUCGUCCCCAAGUGUUUCCUGACACGCAUCUUUGCUUACAGUGCAUCACAACUGAAGAAUGGGGCUCAACUUGACGCUUGCAAAAUUACCAAGUAAGCCGUCGGAAGAGAUACAAAGAAAAUCUUACUUUAUCAAUGACUAUCAUUUCCACUGUUUGGGAAUUUGGGGAGUUUAAUGAUAACGAGCUGCACGGCCAAGAGAGUCACAAUUCAGGAAACAGGAGCGAUGGACCAGGAAAGAACACCACCCUUCACAAUGAAUUUGACAUGAUUGUCUUGCCGGUGCUUUAUCUCAUUAUAUUUGUGGCAAGCAUCUUGCUGAAUGGUUUAGCAGUGUGGAUCUUCUUCCACAUUAGGAAUAAAACCAGCUUCAUAUUCUAUCUCAAAAACAUAGUGGUUGCAGACCUCAUAAUGACGCUGACGUUUCCAUUUCGAAUAGUCCAUGAUGCAGGAUUUGGACCUUGGUACUUCAAGUUUAUUCUCUGCAGAUACACUUCAGUUUUGUUUUAUGCAAACAUGUAUACUUCCAUCAUGUUCCUUGGGCUGAUAAGCAUUGAUCGCUAUCUGAAGGUGGUCAAGCCAUUUGGGGACUCUCGGAUGUAUAGCAUAACCUUUACGAAGGUUUUAUCUGUUUGUGUUUGGGUGAUCAUGGCUGUUUUGUCUUUGCCAAACAUCAUCCUAACAAAUGGUCAGCCAACAGAGGACAAUAUCCAUGACUGCUUGAAACUUAAAAGUCCUCUGGGGGUCAAAUGGCAUACGGCAGUCACCUAUGUGAACAGCUGCUUGUUUGUGGCCGUGCUGGUGAUUCUGAUCGGAUGUUACAUAGCCAUAUCCAGGUACAUCCACAAAUCCAGCAGGCAAUUCAUAAGUCAGUCAAGCCGAAAGCGAAAACAUAACCAGAGCAUCAGGGUUGUUGUGGCUGUGUUUUUUACUUGCUUUCUACCAUAUCACUUGUGCAGAAUUCCUUUUACUUUUAGUCACUUAGACAGGCUUUUAGAUGAAUCUGCACAUAAAAUCCUGUAUUACUGCAAAGAAAUGACACUUUUCUUGUCUGCAUGUAAUGUGUGCCUGGAUCCAAUAAUUUACUUUUUCAUGUGUAGGUCAUUUUCAAGAAGGCUGUUCAAAAAAUCAAAUAUCAGAACUAGGAGUGAAAGCAUCAGAUCACUGCAGAGUGUGAGAAGAUCGGAAGUUCGUAUAUAUUAUGAUUAUACUGAUGUGUAGGCCUUUUAUUGUUUGUUGGAAUCGAUAAGUACAAAGUGUAAAUAAAUGUUUCUUUUCAUUAACCUUGCUUGAGCCCAUCAAAAAUAUGAAUUCAAAGAACUGAAAUGGUAUGAAAUGGCAUCAUAAUUUGAAAGUAAGGAAAACAUUAAAGCAUAGCAAAGAGAUAAACAAGAGGUAGCACAUGGGUGAAUGGCAGGGUUAAUGGCUGGAAGUCUGAGGAGCAGAGUGAAAGGCCAGAAUGAGCCACAGCAAUAUCCCUGCACUGUGGCCAUCCUCCAGGAAAAGUUGCUGCUCUGAAGCCACUUUUGCAGAGAACAAAAAGCAUAGAAAAGAGAAUUAUUAUCUAUCCUUGAAGUUCAAGGACAGGAAAAGAAAAUACUACUUUCCAUCUAUAAACUAAGAUCUUUGGCAAUCAUCCUCUCGUUCUGUGUGUGUGUGGAUUUUUUUUAAUUAUUUUUUUCCUUUACUCAACACUAUAGAAAUGAAGGUAGAGGGGUGUGUGUGUGUGUGU